AGUCUCUGGCGCUGCUAAUCACAUGACCUCUAUUCUAUCCAAGUCAAUUCAUGGAUGAGCUGGCUCUUCGUUAUGACGUACAACUGUCAAGAGCUCAAGCAAAGCCAGCCCGCCCAGCUCAUCGGGAGGGUGUCAAUGAUGAAAACUUUUUUCAACUUUUCUGCAUUGGAGAAGGGUAUGGGAUCCCCUUCAAUCGCAUGUAUCGGCAUAAUUGGAAAACUCGACAAUCCUCUCCAUAUCUCAAUAUUUCCACCUCAUGAGGACUCUCGCCUCGAGCUUUCGCUUCUCCUAAACUCAUGUCUUGAUCUGGUUGCAAUACGCUGGAAACACACGUCGGUGGAUCAGUACUUGGGCCUAUUACAUGCUUUCGACGAGAGGUUUGCUGCCUAUGGGUGGCUAACGAAUACUGGUGUCAAGUUUUUGAUUAUCGUCGACAUGGAUGGGAAUGUCACAUCUAGCGUCGACAAGAAGAAGAUGGCACCUCUCGUCGGUCUCCGUGAUUCAGACUUGAAACCGGCAUUCCGAGUAUUGCAAACUGCGUAUAUUAAGCUAUUGCAGAACCCCUUCUACCAGGCUGACGAUACAAACCCAGUAGGAAGAACAACAAUGUUCACAGAGAGUUUCAAAACAGCGAGUAAUCAGUUCAUCCGCGAGAUUCAAAUGAUUGGUAGAAGCUGGUCAGUUGAGAUAGCAGAAAUUUAACAAGUACAAUAGCUUGAAAAGAAAAUGCUUUGAAUACUAUAUUGAAAAUUUAAUAUUACAGUAACAUAUAUUACAGUAACAUAACAUAUAUUAAAAGUAGACAAAAUAUAUAAAAAAAGUAUCUAUUAUAAAGGCUACUAAUAUAUAAGAUAUAUAGAUCUGAAAAAAUAAUUAUAUUUAUGUUUAAUUCUCA